AUGUUAAUCAACAUCAUCGCGCUCCUUUGUACGAGUGCAACUAGCACUGCGGCAAAGCAGCUAUGGUCAACCGAGCCUGCCGACUCGGCACACGUUGAGAUGACAGCAUAUCCCUUGGGCAACGGGAAACAAGGAGCCAUGCCAUUGGGCGUUGCAGGAAAUGAUAUCGUAUACCUCAAUCAUGACAGUCUAUGGUCAGGUGGCCCAUUUGCAAACAAGAACUAUGUCGGGGGAAAUCCCAAGUCUUCGCUUGCUGAGCAUCUCCAAGGGAUUCGAGAUUCCAUCUUCAAGGAUGGGACUGGAGGCAAUACCGAUGGCUAUGGAUCAUACCAGAUCUUGGGAAACCUGACUGUCAAUAUUGCUGGCACAGAGAAGAUCACGUCCUAUAGGCGCUCCCUGGAUCUUGAUACCGCGAUUCACGAGGUUCAGUACAAGUCGAACGGGGCUGAUUUCACAACGAUCCAAUUCUGCUCGUAUCCGGCAAAGGCCUGCGUCUAUUAUAUCGAAUCUUCUAAUGCAUUGCCGGAUGUGACGGUCGGGCUUCAAGAUCUAGCUCGUACAACGCCGCGCUCCAAGGCUUCAUGCUCCUCGGACGGUAUCCGACUUCAUGGCCAGACACAGGCUGAUCCUAAUGAGGGAGAAAUUGGUAUGUUAUUUGAUGCGCAUGUUCAAGUUGUUACUUCCUCGUCAAUGGACUGCAACCCAUCAAAUGAUAUUGUUGUCAGCGGAAACACUGCAAAGUCACUACUGCUUGUCGUCGGCACAGGCACCAACUAUGACCAGACAAAGGGAAACAGCGACAACAAGUACUCGUUCAAAGGUCCGGAUCCGUAUCAAAACGUUCUUUCAACUGUACAGGCAGCGUCCGAAGAAUCCUAUGAGUCCCUUCGCAAAAGCCACAUCACCGAUCACCAGUCUUCCAUGCAUCAAUUUACCUUGGAUCUUCCAGAUCCAAAGAAGUCUGCCGAUGUCGAUACAACUACGUUGAUGAAGAAUUAUUCCACUGAGGAUGGAGAUCCAUUUGUCGAAUCUUUGAUCAUAGAUUACGCCAAGUAUCUAUUUAUCGCAUCUUCUAGACCAGGUUCCCUUCCUCCUAAUUUGCAAGGAAAUUGGGCACCCAACAUGGCUCCUCCAUGGAGCGCCGAUUACCACAUAAAUGUGAAUCUACAAAUGAACCAUUGGCACACCGAAAUGAUGGGGUUAGGAGACCUAAUGAGCCCCUUGUGGGAUCACAUGAAGAAUACUUGGGUACCAAGAGGUACUGAGAGCGCAAAGCUCUUCUAUGGCGCAGAUGGCUGGGUUACACACACCAACUUGAACAUAUUUGGACAUACAGCGCAGGAGAAUGAUGCUUCUUGGUCAAACUACCCUGUAUCCACUGCUUGGAUGAUGAAGCAUGUGUGGGAUCGAUAUGACUAUUCCCAAGACCUUGAGUGGUAUCGGUCUUCCGGGUACCCGAUGAUCAAGGGGGUGGCACAAUACUGGCUCUCAAUGCUGACCUCGGAUGAAUAUUUCAAAGAUGGAUCUUUGGUCGCCGUUCCUUGCAACUCACCAGAGCAUGGUCCCACAACUUUUGGCUGUGCACAUUGGCAACAGCUCAUUUGGGAGCUCUUCGAUCAUAUCAUCAGGGACUGGGAGGCUUCUGGUGACAAGGAUGACGGCUUCCUCCAGAACGUGAAGGAGGCAUAUCACAGUAUCGACAGUGGUGUUCACGUUGGCUCAUGGGGUCAGAUUAAAGAGUGGAAACUGGAGAAAGAUCAGAAAAACGACACUCACCGUCAUCUCUCCGAGCUUUAUGGGUGGUACCCAGGAUAUGCCAUUUCCGGGGUGCACGCAAACAAUCAAACCAUCAUAGAUGCUGUCACUACUACCCUCUAUUCCCGUGGCGAUGGAACGGCAGAUGCUAAUACGGGAUGGGAGAAAGUAUGGCGCUCUGCCUGUUGGGCAGCGCUGAACAACACAGAUCAGGCAUACAAGGAACUUAAGUACAGUAUUGACAUGAACUUCGCGCCGAACGGCCUCUCUGGCUCCACGUCAGCCGCACCGCCCUUCGAUCUCUCCACGCCUUUCCAGAUAGAUGCCAACUUCGGCAUUGCCGGCGCCGCACUCGCAAUGCUGGUGACUGAUUUACCGCAGGCAUUUGGUGAUACCAGCACCCACCAAAUUAUCUUAGGUCCCGCCAUCCCGCGUGCGUGGGGACUGGGUUCGGUCAAGGGGCUGAAACUUCGUGGAGGUGGAAGUGUGGCUUUCAAGUGGGAUAACGAUGUGUUUGAUCGGAAUGGCCAUGUAUUAGCGAAGCAUUAG